AUGAGUCGUAACGUGAAUAAAGCGAACUCUGUUCUCGUGCGAUACCAGGAGCUACAGGCUGCCGAAACCGGUGGUUAUCAGGAUUUUUCGCGGUUGAAAAGACCUACCAGGAUCAAUAAGGUAACGAAGUUGGAUGAAGCACUUCGAUGGAGAAACGAGCUUGUGAAGGAGAUAGGUCAACGUGUGACACAGAUUCAUGAUCCAUCGUUAAACGAGUCUCAAAUCACGGAAAUAAACGAUGAACUCAAUAAACUAUUCCAGGAGAAGGGCAGAUGGGAUUUCCAUAUCAGAAAUAAGUUAAAGGGUCCAGAUUUGAAGAAGAGGAAGCAGUUAAAUACCACAGGCGGAACCCUCAUAGAUGGGAAAAGGUAUUUCGGUAGAGCUUUAGAAUUACCAGAGGUUCAAAAAUUAUUGAGGGAAUCCAAGGAACAAAGAGAGAAGGAAAGAAGUGGGAAGGAAAAGAAAGCGGAGUUGCAGAGGAAAAUCAAACGAUGGGAAAGUACAUUGAAAGACGACUAUUUUGUAGGAAAUAACAGUGAUGAACUUCUUGAAUAUGAGAAGAAACGUACUGGCUCACUUCGAUCAACUAUUCAUUCUUCUGAUCGGGACCCUUCUUUUGUGAUACCAAAUUUUGACGUUCCAUCCUUAAAAGAUGUCGAACUUUGGUUGGUGCAAAGAAGAAAGAAUGAGUUAAAGAAGCAACUCGGGUUGUAG